AUGAGUCAAAAGUGUGCAAGAUCAGUUAUAAGUUAUCAUAAUACUAACUAUAAAUAUACAUCAGUACAAUAUAAAGAUCAAAAUGAUAGAGGAAAAAUGCACGGAUCUCAACGAGUUAUAAUGUUUUGCCUACUGACUACAGUUUUACCCACCACACUUAUAGUAUCAUCUUUAUAUUUACGAAAUAUAAGAUAUGCAGAUGUUAUGUAUAAAAUAUCAGAUUCAGAUGUUAUCCAAAUUCAUAAAGGGCAAUCGUCAAUAUUUUGUGAAAAACAUUCCUUAAAAAUGAAUAACACCUUUAAUGCAUUUCAAAUGAAAGGUAGACCUGAACUAUCCAGCAAAAGGAGACAUAUUAAAUUAAAGAAAUCUAUGACAUUACCAGAUGACACUUUAGAAUACUGGGGAUUUUUCCUUUUUGCUGGAGCAACAGUUGAUUUAAAAGCUUGUUCUAGAUAUGAAGGUUCGAAAAUAUUAGUUGUUAAAGGUGAAAAAAUACUCGACACUUGUGGAAUUCUAGAUGGUAGAAAAUAUAAAAAGGACCCGUCUUUAAUAGAUAAUCCAGAUCAAUUAUCAGUAACAUUAGAAAGUCCAAAGGGAAAUAAUGAACAAACUACUGAGAUUUCUCUGGAUCACAAGAAAAAGAGAGAUAAAGAGCAUUCUAAAGAACAAUUGUUUAGAAAUUUGGUAGAAGACACAAUGAAUAUACAUUUCAAUAAAACCGUUCAUAAAAGAUCUGUUGGAAACCCACCAUUGCAUAAUCCAAACACUGUGCUGGACACUGGGGUUUAUCACGGUGGUAAUGCAAACAAUACUCCUAACAUAACAGAAGAUGCUUCAAUAUCUAGUUUCGAAAAUAAUUUGCAUGAGUGUUAUCACGAAAACAUACUUAUGAAUAAUUUUUUUCCUUAUUCUAAAGAAUGUAAUAGUACUAGUUAUUUGGAAAAUACUACGACUUUAAAAGUUGAGCACAAAGUGCUGACCGACGGUUAUUAUUAUUAUAUAUUUUAUAGUGACAACGAUAUGGUGAAAAAUGAUAUUCACGUAAUAUUCGAUAUCUACAAACCAACAUUCCAAUAUACAAAUAUGUCUGAAUCUAAAGUGUGUCUCAACAGCACAGAAUGUGAAUUUGAUAUAAGUAUGUUUAGCGAUGAAUUAGUAAUUGUAGAAGUGCCCACAACUGGUGGUUUUAAAAAUGAUAAUUCUUUUAUUUUGACAUCAGUAUGUCGUCCACGUACUACAGUCUAUAUAUUUUUCCCAGUGUCGGUUUUGUUGUUAAUACUUCUUUUUGCAUUUUUAUGA